AUGCAAUCAGUCCUCCAGUACCGCAGGUUUCGCCGAACUUUGGAAUCACAAAUCGAGACGGAUCGCAAUCGCACACGUGCAGUCGACCGCGCAAACCAAGACCUCCCUCUCAUCGACACAUCGAGAGCCGCCGAUGCAGAGAAAGAUGUCGAGCGAGGCGAAUCAACCGCAUCGAGCGGCGAACACACAGCAGUCGACGAAGCUACACUCGGAGCAACAGCAGAAGACCCACGCCGACGAAAUGGUCCUGAAGAAGAGGAGGAGAAGUAUGACAUAGGCGCCGACGAUGAGCCCAGCGACCCUGGUGAGAGAAGGGAUGAACUUCCACCCAACAGCCAUGACAUGGAGGCACGUCGAAGACAGGGCGAAGCAGACCUUUCACGCAUACCCACGACAAAGAGUGGGCGCUCGGGACUCAGCAGAUCUGGUACGGCGCUGGGUCACAUUCUUACAGGUGUCAAAGUGCGAAAGAGAGAGGAACACGAAGGUGGCGAGGGCCACGUCUUCAUUGUCGACUUUCAGGGAGAUAAGGAUUCUCUGAACCCGCACAAUUGGGGUUGGGGCAUCAGAAUCUACAUUACCUUUAUGGUUGCGAGUAUUGGUUUCGUAGUUGGUGUGGCUUCCUCGAUUGAUUCCAUUGCCAUCCAACCCGCAAGUCAAGAUUUUGGCAUUUCCGAAGUCGCAGAGAGUCUGGCUACUGGGUACGUCACUACGACAAAUCUGAAGAAGGAAAUACUGACAAAGAUAGUCNUGUAUCUUAUAGGCUUUGGAGCAGGUGCGCUCUUCGCCGGUCCUUUCUCAGAGACACUGGGUAGAAAUCCCAUCUACAUUGUCACCUUGGUUAUUUACAUGGCUUUUCUUGCUGGAGCUGGAGCUUCGCAGACAUACCAGCAGCAGUUUGCGACCCGCUUCUUUGCUGGUUUCUUUGGAAGCACGCCUCUCACGUGUGCAGGUGGGACCGAAUGGAUCACCAUCAUUAUGUCAGGUCUCGUGUUGAUUCUGGUGUUCUUUACACUCCCAGAGACCUUUCCACCCAUCCUCCUCAAGUGGAAGGCCGCACAUUUACGCGCUAUCACCAAGGACGAACGUUACAGGGCCGAAGUUGAGGUUCGGAUGGACCCUUUCCUUACUCGCCUCGGACGUGCUUGUUAUCGACCUUUCCUGCUCACCGCAACGGAGCCUAUCAUUUUACUGAUCGCGCUGUAUCUCACUGUCGUCUAUAUCAUCUUGUUCACCUUCCUCGAUGGUUACGACUAUAUCUUUGGCCAGAUCCAUGGCGUGAGCAUCGGUGUCCAAGGUCUCUGCUUCUUGGGCAUCGCGCUCGGUCUCUUUCUCGCCUCGCCUCUCGUCUUCCUCAUACGCCAUCUUGCAGCAAAGGGAAUGCAAAAAGCAAAAGCCGAGGGUAAAGACAAACUCCCUCCAGAGUUCCGUCUUUGGUACGCCAUGAUUGGUGCUCCCACCAUUCCUAUCGCCAUGUUCUGGAUGGGCUGGACAUCAGACUCGAAUAUCAGCAUCUGGUCUCCUCUGGGCGCUUCCGUUCUUUUCGGAUUUGGUAUUCUUUGCAUCUUCAUCAGCAGUUAUCAAUACAUCAUUGAUGCGUACGAGAUUUAUGCCGCGUCUGCUUUGGCAUCUAUUACGCUGAUCAGAUAUGUGGCUGCUGGUGCCAUGACAGUUGUGGGAGUGCCGUUUUAUCAGAAUCUCGGCGUGCAUUAUACGUGUACGAUAUUGGCGUGUAUUAGUGCUGCCAUGGUGCCCAUCCCCUAUCUGUUUUACUUCUAUGGACACAAGAUCAGAGCAAGGAGUAAGUAUGCUCCUGCUGACUGA